UUCAACGGUUUCCGGGUCAGAGGCUCACGAAUACAAUUAUUGAUGAGCAUAUGAAUGGGAAAAUUAUGCAUUAAUGACUAUGAACUAUACAAUUUUUAAAUAAGCUGCUUUUAUAGUAUUGCUAGUUAGGCUUGCGAAAUGAAAUAAAGUUCAUAUAUAUACAGUUGCACAUAUUUAAUUUAAGUGCGUAGUGUAGAGCUGAACUAUAAACAAUCCUUCGAUUUGAUCACAAGAUUGGCCCAGGACUUGUCCACCUUUUCUGCUGAUGAACUGGCCUGGAUUAUCGAGCACUGUGUGGAUGGCAUGCGACAGGGAGACGCCAAGUGCGUUGGUUGGAAGGAUUUGUUGCCAGAUUCACUGGCUCUGCUUUCGGCAACUCCACGUUUUAUACUAAAUGGGGUGGGAACCGAUGGAACCGAGUAUAGAAACAAUACAGUGAAAAGUAUAUGUACCAUGCGAUGGCCGUCUUCAAUCCUGACCCCCAUUGCUGACAUGUUCAAGGCCAUAAAUCUCAGCAACGGAGAAAUUUUUACCGUAUUAAAUAAAUUCUCCGGGGCUCUGCAGGAGCUAUCGCCAAUGGAGCUACCAGCUCUGUGCUUCCAGCUCUUUUCCAUGUGCCAAAAUGCCUCACAACUGAUUGUACCGCUGCUGGCAUUGGAGAAGUAUUUUCAACGCAAUUACUAUAAGCGCUUGUUCUCAGACAUGAGCAGCAACUCUACAGAUUUCGACAGCAUAGAUCCAUUUUCGGACAAAGAGCUGCGGGAGGCCGAAGAGACUAUACUCCAUCAUUUGAAUUACUGUACUAUGUAUAAACUAACUGAGAAACAUCUGGCCGUAAUGUUGAGGAACUUCUCGGAUUUGCCCGAUGUCAUUCUCACGCCAUUCAUGCUCAGCGCCAUUAUUUCGAUGACAAGUGUGAAUCGUGAUCCAGAAUCUGCGCGCAUCUCUCGAUCCAUUUUGCUGCCAUUCUUGCGAAAUGUCAUAAAGAAUAAUGAAGAAGAGAUAACUUUGGCAGACUACUCCGUUUGGUAUCGUGAUUCGUUACAGCGCAAACAAGUCGACUUGCAGCAGGUCUUAACGGUGCUCAUAGAUCAGAACAAAGAUGGAAAAGAUGUGAUAACACCAGGACUAGUCCACCUAGUAUUUUUUCUGCUUAAAUCGCACUCGCCCAAAAUGCAUACUCUAGCAAUUACUUUUUUAACAAAGUUCAUUCGCAAACGUUUCAUCUUUGGGCAAGGCAUCAUUAGACUCCUCUCUGAGUGGAUGAUUGUACAUCAAGAUCAAAACCAGUUUUCGGAAUGUUUAACACUAUUAAGUGUAGCUGGUACACCGUCUCAGAAUGCACUAAAUGACCUAUUUCGCUACUUGUUUUUUGUUUGACUUAUUUCGCUAAAACCUCUUUUUACGCAAAAUGCAAUAAAAGCA